AAUGAAAAUGAAAGUAAUAAUUUUGUUUCAGUUUGGGCAAUUGGCAUAUAUUCCGUAGAAUGUGAGGAAUGUGAAAUUGAAAUAAUAUUAUUUGUAGCAAUUGAUCUGAAAAAGAGAGAUUUUGAUAUACAAGCUGUUUUUGAAAAGAAUGAAUUUUAUUCAGUUGGGGGUAAAAUUGUACCUAGAAGAUAUAAUAAUAUUGCUCAAGAAAUACCAAGAGAGGUUAGUGAUGACGAGAAUGCUGUAUUUGAUGUACUUGUAAGUAAUUAUGCUGGUCAAGAUUAUAAGUUUACUGUGAAGGUUGCUUAUCUAUACCUUGAGCCAAGAUUUAGUUAUAUUAAGAAUGUUAUUCGAUCACAAGAGUCUAUCGUUUUUGUGGUUGGUCAGAUGGAAUUGAUUGAUGAUGGUUUUUUUAUAUAUGCAAAAGAUAUUAAUAAUAUAGAUAUUAAUAAGAUAAAGAUUUCUGAUGACAAGAAAGUAGUUGAAAAUAAAUUAUCGGAUGAACCACAAUCUCCAAAGCAUUUAAGAACUGAUUACAUGAAUGAACAAGAUUUAUUAAGUGUUGAAAAUGCUAAUUAUCUAGAAGAACAGUUUGAUCGAAAAGAAAAAGUCGAAAAAAAAUUGACAAGUAAUGUCAACAAAAGUCAAAUGAAAUCUGGAUAUGAUGGGGAAAAGGACAAGGUUCAUUUAACUCGUAGUACAACUCGCAAUAGUGAUAAAUUAACUGAUUCUAUUGAUGAAGAAUAA